CAUUUUGUAGCCGUUGCUCUGAGGCAAUAUGUUCACAGUACUUUCAGGAGAAAAAAUGGCGACUUUUUCUCCUGCCAUGGAAAAUAGACUGAGCAAGGAAUCACCUUUGAAUAAUUCACCGUUAUUGGUCCCAAAGAUGUCGUCUUUGAAGAGAAAGAGACCUCCCCAGAUAGAGAUCCCCAAUGUCCUUCAAGAGAUUCAAACUGAUAAUCUCAGAUUCAAAGACUUUUCUCACCAAAACGACGCCGUGUGCUUCGGAGGCAACGAUUUUGGUGUUUUCUCCAGAAAAGGCAAGAAGAAGUUCAUGGAAGACUGUCACAGAAUCGCUCCUUGUUUUGCCGGAAGCUCAAAUAAGAGUUUCUUUGGAGUUUAUGAUGGUCAUGGAGGUGGGAAAGCUGCAGAAUUUGUUGCUGAGAAUCUGCACAAAAAUGUUCUUGAGAUGAUGAAGAAUUGCGAGGAGAAAGGGGAGAAAGAAGAAGCCUUUAAAACUGCUUAUUUGAGUACAGAUCGUGAUUUCUUAGAAGAGGGUGUAGUGAGUGGUACCUGCUGUGUUACAGCUUUGAUACAAAAUCAAGAGAUGAUUGUCUCGAAUUUGGGAGAUUGCAGAGCUGUCCUGUGUCGAGGAGGAGUUGCUGAGGCUCUUACAAGUGAUCAUAAAGCAGAAAGAGAUGAUGAACGCAAAAGAAUCGAAGAUCAGGGAGGCUAUGUCGAAUUCCAUAAAGGGGCUUGGCGAGUUCAUGGAAUACUCGCUAUUUCCAGAAGCAUUGGAGAUGCACACCUAAAGAAAUGGGUAGUUGCUGAACCCGACACAAGAAUACUCGAUUUAGAAGAAGAUAUGGAGUUUCUUGUCUUAGCUUCUGAUGGACUUUGGGAUGUUGUUAGUAACCAAGAAGCAGUUGACACCGUGUUGCGUGUUCUAGCUCCAAGAAAGACGCCUAGAGAAAGCGAGGAUGAGAACUUGAUCCAUGGCCUUGUCAAUGUAAGCCCAUCCUCGAAACUUCGGCGAGUUUCUCUUGUCAAGCAACGAAAAGAGUUGUUGCCAGUUCAGUCUCCCAAAUCUGCAAAAUCCACAAGUUACUACCAUUCAGAGAAUGAAUUACCUUCUCCCCACCUGAGUCCACCUUCAAAGUCACGGAAGAUCACUGCGUUGAAGCGAAUAAAGAUGAAGACCGAGUCUUCUUGGACCAAGGCGGCUUGCAAAGAGCUCGUGGACAUGGCUGUGAGUAGAGGUAGUAUGGAUGAUAUCACAGUGGUGAUUGUGGAUCUCAACCACUACAAAUGCUGAAAAAACCCUUCAUAUACAUAUGCUUGUAAGUCCAUAUAUGUUUCAUAUCCUUUGGAGACUUUUAAUGAUGAUGUAGAGAUUCUUGUUGAUAAAUGAUGAACCUUU